AGAAGAGUGGAGGCUUUGGAUGAGAGGAAGAGAAGGAAACAUCACUAUAAAGGCGGUGGGAGAUGUGAGGAGGGAGGGCACCUGGCUCGUGCGUGUAAUGGAUACUGCGGCGACCCUUUGAAGGACUCCUCCACUCACUGAAGAAGAAGAAGAAGACACCCACUUGUCCUUUACCUCAACACAACCUAAAGUUGACAUAUAUACUUUUUCCGAGGGUCGCUUGAAGUGUCCGCAGCACCUGUUGGAGACUCAGCCCCCUGUUCAAGAUGACAGAGAGGACCCCAUGGUGGAAGGCAUUCCUGCCAAAGAAGAAGACCGGGGGGAAGGACUCCACUCAGACUCACCCCAUCUACGACCCAGACUUUGACCCUUUUGCACCCCGUCCUGAGAAGCCAAAAGACCCCAGCAAGGCCCCAGGGGACCAGUCGCUGCCCCAGCAGGACUCCAACAAAGGCAACAGCCUCCUCAGCGACGAGACCUUCGACGACUCCCACCUGGACUCGGUCUUCAACGAGCAGACGUGUCGCAGGAAGAUGGCCAUCUCGCGCUCGGGCAGGUUCAAGGAGAAGAGGAGGGUGCGAUCGACCCUUCCGAUUCAGGACAAAGACACUGAGAAUGUGGCGACAGGGAGAGAGGAGAAACGGUGACGGUGAUAAAGACUGAUUGAAGAGAGAUGCUUGAAGACAAUAAGGAGGAUUGAAGUACCAGGAGGUCUGCUGCAAGUCGGUUAUGAUGGUGACGAGGGGAGGCACUGAAGGAGUAAGGUUAAGUUGAACAAGAAAUGUUGUUGGACUUGUGCCAGAAGGCCACAAUGAUGCUUGACUUGAAAAUGGAUUUGAUCUGUGUUUCAGGAUGAUUAUUGAACCAUUUCACCAUGUAUAUCCCAAAAUCAGAGCUCAAAUGAAGAGAUCAAGCACUCAGGAGCCCAUUUUUAUAACGAUGCCCCAAAGUCAUGGACAUUAUCAUCAUUGGACAACUCUGAAAGUUGACGCCAUUACAUCCUCCAUUCCCUUUAUGUUACCUAAGAUAAAGAGUGAUCUGCUUCAGGCUAAUAUUGUUAAUAAGAUGUUUACGCAAGAUUAAUAUAUGUUUAUUAAUGAAGGAUAACUUUAAUGCUCCUUUUGCAAAUGCUUUUACAUCAAAUGUUGAUUCUAACGGGUUAGAAGGAUGUUUAUGAAGGUGUAAUGUAAUUUCUGUUUAAUGUGUGAAAAUAAUCGGUUAGUGGAAGAUAUUAAGGAAAACUUGUGAGCAGCUUUUAGUUAGAUGCACAACACUUGCCAGUGUAAACGAGUCUAAAUGAAGGAUGAAAUCCUGCUUGUUGAAGGUACCAAAAAGAAGCUACUAUUUUAGGUUGUUUGAUAUCCAACUGAAUGGAUGAAGGAGGUCUGAUCCUGCCGCAGUUGUAGUUUACUUUAAAAGGGACUACUGUACUUUGGGCCACCUGUGAAUGCAUAAAUGAAGGCAAAAUAAAUCU